GGAGUUUGGUCGAUGGAAGGUCAACAGCCUGGCGGUGGAAAAGCGGGACGGUUUCGGUGGCAGCGGCGGUCUGGCUUUGCCCCUCGACCCAGACUUGAUGCACACCAUCCGCCAGCUGGGGCGGCGGCCGACCCUCCAGAUGAUUACAGAGAGCCUAAUCAAGAAAUACGGCACCCACCUCCUUCUCUCCGCCACCCUGGGAGGGGAGGAGUCUCUGACAAUAUUUGUGGACAAAAGGAAGCUCAGCCUGGAGUCGUCGGCCGCGGGGGCCGACGGCAGCAGCAGGAACCCGAACACGACCGGGGCCGUGACUCUGGAAGCCCUCCACCAGCUGGCUGCCUCUUACUUCACCGACAGAGAGAGCACCCUGCGCAGGCUGCACCACCUCCAGAUAGCCUCCACCGCUAUACGGGUGACCGAAACAAGAACCGGGCCUCUUGGGUGCAGCAACUAUGACAAUCUGGACACGGUCAGCUCCGUCCUGGUUCACAGUCCUGAAAACAAGGUUCAGCUGCAAGGGUUGCAGGUAAUACUUCCAGGCUACCUACAAAGUCGUUUCAUUCAGGCAGCUCUUAACUACAUCGGCUGCAAAUCAGAGGGCCAGUUUGUUUGCCGGAAGAACGACUGCUGGUGUGAGUGCAGUGUGGACUUUCCUCAGUGCAACUGUCCUCACUCUGACCUGGACACUCUGGAAAACAGCCUGCUGCACAUCAGAGAAGCUCUGAGGCUGGCCAACAAAGAGUUUGAGGAAUCUGAGGAGUUCCUAGGCUUCGUUGGGAAGCUGCCAGUCCACUACGCUGUGAACACAUCUGUCGUGGAGCACUUGUGGAGGAUGGAUGUUGGGCUGCUGCCGCGCUACAGGCAGCUGGAGACCAGCAGCAAGCAGCUCCUCGCCAGAGCCCACCGCACGACUAACAAGCUCUUCAGCCUCAGCAAGAGGUGCCGAAAGCCGCCGAGGAUUAUCCUGCCGAGGCCGAGGCCCCUGCACUUCUGGCUGAACUAUGCCCUCUCCAUGUUGUACUGCAGCGAGAACAAGCAGGUCGGUGUUUACAGCGAGAAGAGUCGCAGCUGCUCCUGCCCCUAUGACCACCCGCCGUGCCAGGGCCUCGUCCCCUGCUCCGUGGGGGACGGUCCCCGCUGUGCCUCCUGUUCCACGGAGAACCGGACUCGGUGCUCCAGCUGCAACCUGGGAUUCACCCUGACCCAGGGGGCCUGCCGCCCCGCGGUGCCCGACCCCACCGACCCGUACCUCGGCAUGGAGAGCGACAGGGAUCUGCAGGAUCUGGAGCUGCGCUUCUUGAUCCAGCGGCGCGACCCGCGCCUCGCUCUGCACGGUGUGUUUGUGAGCAACGACGUGCGCAUAAACACCUGGUUCGAUCCCUCCUGGAGGAAGAGAAUGCUGCUCACGCUUAAGAGUAACCGAGUCAAAUCCAACCGGGUUCACAUGCUCCUCGGACUCACCCUGCAGUUUUGCCUCACCAGAAACAGCACACUGGAGCCGACGCUGUCACUGUUCGUCAAUCCUUUUGGGGGCAGCCAUUCUGAGAGCUGGACCAUGCCUAUAGGUCAGCACGGAUACCCAGACUGGGAGCGGACCAAGCUGGACAUCCCGCUGGACUGCUACAACUGGACGCUGACUUUGGGAAACAGGUGGAAGAGCUUUUUUGAGACCGUUCAUUUUUAUCUGAGGAGUUUCAGCAGGGACUCUGGAGCAGGAAACAAGAACACGAGUCUAUACAGCGAUCCCCCGGAGGACUCAGAGCCGUCCAACAACAUCGGCUACAUGAAAGUGAACAGCAUGCAGCUGUUUGGGUACAGCGUCCACUUCGACCACGAAGCCAUCCAGGACCUGAUCCUGCAGAUAGACUACCCGUACACUCAGGGAUCACAGGACUCUGCCCUGCUGCAGCUGGUGGAGCUGCGCUACAGGGUGAACCGCCUCUCUCCCCCGGGGACACCACACGUGGAUCUGUUCGCCUGUCUGCUCCGUCACAGACUCAAACUGACCAGCGCCGACGUGACGAGGAUACUCACUGCCCUGCAAGCGUUCAGUGCCAAACAUCCAAACUACACAGAGUACGAGGCCAAUAAACUGUGCAGCUAAUGGCCCACCACCCCGUGUUUUUUUUACUCUUUUCUUGCCACAGACAGACUUGUAUCCACGGGCAGCUGGAUCAUAUUGUGUCAUGUGUGUGGUAUGUUGUUUACGGCCGUGCUGUACAUACACAAUGUGAAAAUAAAUUUGAUGUUUUUUUUAAAUAUA